CAAAUCAUCACUCAGUUCACAACAUCGAACACCAUCUUUGCUGCAGAGAUGGCUCAUCUCACACGAUACGGAUCGCGGCUUGGUCAAAGUUUUCAAUAUGCUUUGGCUUCCACUUCUUCAACAAGUGCUUCUUGCUCUAGAAGAAGUUUUCAUCAAUCCGCUUCACUUCAAUCUGCCGAACCUGCACCCACUUCCAUGACUUCUUCUGAACAACAAGCUGAAACCUCAGUCGAAGCUGGUCAUCAAUACGGCGCGAUGGGAGAGGGUGCUUCAGAACCCAGCGCAGGUCCAAGGACAUCUGGAAGACGUGAUAACCUACCACCUUAUCCUGUUUGGAGAAAUUCGAUCGGAAAACAAUAUGAACGUCCACCUCCAGGAUCAAAAGGACCGUUCUGGAUAGGCGAAACACCUUUUCCGCUCAAUCCUUCUUUUAAUCCUCCAGCACCCGUUGCACAUGCAACCAAAGAAGACAUGUGGAAAUUACACACUUCUAACCCUUCGACUUAUAAUGUUCGAAAACUUUCUGGUCAAUUUGGUAUACCGAUAGAAAGAGUUUUGGCUAUCUUACGAUUGAUGGCAUUAGAGAAAGAAUUCAAACAACAGGGUAAAGCUUUACAGACACCAUUUCAGAAAGAGAUGGAGAAGUUGCUAGGAUCGCAGAGCUCUCGUUCGGCAGGCGUUCAAAAAGAAUUGGACGCUUUGAGUACAAUACCCGCCGGCACUAUGGGAGGUGCAAUCUUUGAGGAAAUCGGACUGGGAGAAUCAGAUGCAAACAAACCAUCUGAACUUGUGCCUGCUUUACGUCAAGAAUCAAAAGAAAGACGUGAACGGAUUCGCAAGAUGCCAACAGGAGGACCUGCAAGCAAAGGACCUGUAUUGGAAAGCGUUCAUAUCAAAGGACAAAAAGAUAAAAGCUCAACACGAUCACCGAUCACAUUUGUUGAUAUGUCUUCUCGACCGACAUCUUACAGUGGUGCAGGAAGAUUGGCACGUAAUCAAAAGAGAGCUGAACAACGUAAAGCAAAUCGUGAUAAACGAAGAGCGUUGGAUGAAAAAUGGACUUUACGUACCGAAUUAGCAAAACGUAUCGAAGCAGGAGAAAGAACACCCGAAAUCUUUGCACAAAAAGCCAAACUUGAUGCAGAAAAGAUUGCAGAAGAUGAAGCAAGAGAAGCUGUUUUACGUAAAAGAUACAAGUCUAACCGUAAACGUAAGAUGGCAUUUAAGAUUAAGAACGGACAAGCACCUAGAUCAAAGAGAAAGUGAUGUAUGUAUGUAUUACCAUGUGUAUGUAAUCAAUCAAUCGAUGUACCUU